AUGGGCAUGGAUAGGCAUUGGCAUUGCCUUUCUUUCUGUCUGCUUCUCGUCCUCGUAAUAACUAAUGCCUAUGCAGCAAAUGAUGCCCCAGAUUUGAAGAGUAAGCGGCUUUGCAGCCAGUGCUCCAAAUGUGAUUCAAGUAAAUGCCCUGCAAGUGAAGCCUACCCCCAUAUGACAGCAUUUGAUGACACUCUUAUUGCUGGUGCUUUACAGUCUGACUAUGUGGACAUGAAUGACAAAGGAAUCUACUCAGUGCCAGAUAUCAAAGGUGGCCAAUCAGCAAAACUAAAUGCUUAUUUUGGCUGGAAAUCUACUUCUGGUUCAGCUUCUGGUUAUCACAGGUUUAGCAACUACAUGGACAAAUGUUCAGGUGGACAAACUUACCUCACUGUGGACAAGCAUGGGAAGGUUAGCCUUCGGUUGUUGAGCUUGCUAAAAAACUUGGCAGAGGCUGACUGGAAAUCAUUUAAUCCACCCAAGAAACUAAAUCACCGCGAGUUCCGCUUCUGGGUCUCUCACAGUACAGGAAAAUGCCUCACUGUAUUUGGAGGCAACACAAAGAAACGAACUGUAGGUGUGGCUGAGUGCAAGUUUGAUGGCUCAAACCCGUACCAGCUGUUUGCCUUCCGCUUUCAUUACCACAAAGCCUUCUGUUGUUGCGGUGUUCACAAUGAGUGAUGAAUUAUGUUUUAAAAGAGCCUAAACUCAAAGCUCUCACAAUUCAAAAUAAUGUGGUACAUAUGUGUGUGUCUGUGCGGUUGCUAUACUCAUAGCAAAACUAAA